AAUAUUUAUUUUCUAUGACUGUUUGACAGGCAUCUAAAAACAAUGCUUUUUAUUUAGAGAAAGGGUCCAAAAUAUGAACUUCUUUUGAAUUAUCGGACAGAUGUAGUUAUUAUGACUUUGAUGGCGAAGAAAUUAAGUAUGUUGUAGAAUCAAAGGAAAGAAUAUGGAAACUAAAAGGACCGCCGAACGAACGCUGAACUUAUAAAUUGCUUAAAAGUUGUACAAUGACGAUGAAUUGGCUACGUCUAGCAGCUGCUUUUAUGUGUAUUUACUGCGGUUUUUUAACAGUUUAUGGAACUCCUUUGUAUGGACCGAUGGACAAAAUAGUUCUUUUAGAAAAUGAUACGAUAUCAAGUGCGAUAUACAAUAGUAAAUAUGCCUGGUUUGUAGAGUUUUAUUCCAGUUGGUGCGGGCACUGUCAAGCUUUUGCGCCGGAUUGGAUAAAUCUCGCCGAGCGAGUGGAAGGAUGGAAUCAUAUUAUUAAAGUGGCAGCCAUUGACUGUGCUGAAGCUAGAAACACUAGAACAUGCGAACAUUUUAACAUACAGGGUUAUCCCACUCUUAAAUUUUUUAAAGCAUUUACCACCAAUUUAACAGAUCUUGGAAAAGUUUACUAUGGAAAGCGAAAACCUGUGCAUUUACAGCAAGCAAUGGUUGAUUUCUUAAACAUUGAAGGAAAUUCAAAUUUUAAACUUGACUUUUCACCAUUAAGCCGUAAAGUUACUGAAAUGCCAUUUGAGAAAAAUCCUUUUGUAUCCAAACCAUUACUUCUUGUGUUUGAGAAAAAGGCAUCUUAUCUUGGAAAAGAGCUAAUGUUAGAUUUAAUGAGCAAUCACAAUAUCUCAGUGAAAAGAAUCGUGGAUGAUGUGUACAGAAUGGGCAAAUACGGAGUAAGAAAGCUACCUCAGGUUGUUUUGAUAGAAAAAAAUGGCAACUACGUACACUUAAAGAGUUUGCAAACCCGGCCAAAAAUUCUUUUAGAGCUGAAGAGAUAUGAUUUGACUACAAUAAAUUUACGACCAUCCAAAUCCAUACAAUCGACGAACUUACAUUUUCAAGACCUGCAUAAAAAUGAUGCACCAAUACCUCAGAAAAAUAAAGAUGGGCUUGAUGUAAACAUGCAAGACCUUGAGAGUGCUUUAACAUUCAUAUUUACAAGAGAAAUUGUCAUUAAGAAGAGCCUUCAUAAAGAACACCUCGAGCGCUUUGUAAAUUUGCUCAUUCAAUGUUUUCCAGGUCGCCCGAGAAUAAAUAAGUUUCUUCAAGAACUACACAAAUGGCUCCAACCAAAGCUCCAAGAUGUUGACAGACCUCUCAGACCUUCUGCAAUGAGAUUGUUUUAUAAUAUGUACAAGGCUGAAAAUAUAUCAUUACCAGAAAAGGUGGAGUGGAGAGCAUGCCGUGGAAGUAGGCCUCAGUACCGCGGUUAUCCAUGUAGCCUAUGGCUACUGUUCCAUACCCUCACCGUGAACUGCGCAAAUCGUAAUGUGAAGAGCCUCACAGGUGCCGAUGUACUGACUGCAAUACGCGGUUAUGUGAAGAGCUUUUUUGGCUGUCUAGAAUGCUCAAAACACUUCUAUGAUAUGUCGAAAAAUGUCGAAAACGAAGUGCAGACUCACAACGAGGCUAUUCUUUGGCUUUGGCGUGCACACAACAAAGUGAACAAGCGAUUGAGUAAAGAACCUAGUUCGGAUCCACACUUUCCCAAACAAGCCUAUCCACCGAAAUAUUUAUGCCAGGAAUGUGCAUCGGAGUACUCGAACCGCAAGAAUAUAUGGUUAGAUAGUCCGAGUACAUGGAAGGAUGACGUUGUAUUGAAUUACCUUAGAGCACACUAUGGCGUAAACAACAUAAGGCUGGCAAAGACCGCUGAAAGUAGUAGAGCAGACGCAGACAGAGUAAGCACAAGAAUAACACAAGUUGUUGACUUGGGUUUGACCUACUUUGAUUCGAGUCUAUGCGUUGUUGUCUACGGAGCAGGCGUCUUCAUUUUAGCUUUACUGUACAUGUACAUGUUGAAGCGACGUAGGAUGCACGUAAAACAUACAUCGCAUUUUCCUUGAUGCUGAUAUAUGUAAUAUGCAGAUGAAAUAAUAUAUUAAAUCUUAUCAAAUAAAAUUAUACGCACAUUAAA